AUGUCAGUUGUAAGCCAAAAUUUUAUUGUUACAGAUUUCAGUGGCCAUCAGCCCAGACAAGAUCACCCUCUGGGAAUGUUAAUAUCCCCUGCACCAAUUGAGGUCCCAAUAAACAAAACUACUAAUGUCAUCAAGGUUGCAGCUGGUAGAGCUCACACGGUCAUGGUGACAGACAAGGAAGGUGUCUGGACGGUGGGAAAUAACGCAUAUGGACAGUGUGGCAGAUCUAUUAUUGCUGAUGAGGAUUAUGGAAAGCAAACAAUUUACAACAGGAUAAGAAUACUAGAUCAGCUGGAUAUAGCACAAGUGGAGUGUGGUCAGGAUACUAGUUUCUUUUUGACUAAAGAUGGAGUGGUCUAUUCUUGUGGCUGGGGAGCAGAUGGCCAGACAGGUCGAGGGCACUAUGACAAUGAGCCGCGAGUGGGCCCAGUUAUUGGUGAUAUUGAAGGAGAGAAGGUGGUGAAAGUAUCCUGUAGAGCUGAUUGUGUCUUGGCUCUAAAUGAUAAAGGAGAGGUGUUUGGUUGGGGCAACUCUGAGUACCAGCAACUUAAUUCAGUGACUAAUGAAAUGCAGAUUCAUACCUCAAGAAAGUUGAAGUUGCCAGGUGUUGGGAAGGUGGUUGAUGUGGCAUCUUCAGGGACUAUGUGUUUGUUACUGAAUGAGGAUGGCCAGGUGUUCAGUUGGGGUUUUGGGCCUAUUGGCAAGGGACCAGAAGUAACUUAUUCGAAGACUCCAACUCAUAUACCUAGUACUUUAUUUGGGAAGAAUGAAUUAAAUCCAGAUGCAAAGGUGGUUAGUGUAAACUGUGGCAUCAAUAUACUAGCAGCAAUAAACAACCAUGGAUGUCUGUUUACAUGGGGCAAGAAUCCUGGAGGGUGCUUAGGCCUAGGACACAUUAAGGAUCAGUAUUUUCCAGUGCGGGUUGCCAUUGCUGGUGAAAUUCUGAAAGUUAGCUGUGGUGUUGAUCAUAUGGCUGCUCUUGUUCGAGAAAUUAUUUAAUAUCUACAUAGUUUUUUAUGUAUUGUUUUUUCUUUAUUGUAAAUAUUUUUUUUUACGUGAAAAAAUUAUUAUCUAGUCUUCCAAGGACACUGCUUGCAAAUACAGUCACAAGAAAAUUGCAAAUAAACUCUAUUAUUUUUCCUUACUACUGACUAUGUUAUGGGCUGUUGUCAGUUUUACAUAUGUAUAGAAGUUACUCCAUAAUCAGACCUGUAAAAUGUAUUAUGUAGUAGCUUUGUCUCUUAUCUUUGCCUUGCUCUGCAUAAGAUGAUUUAAGGUGACUAGCCAUGUGUAGGUAUUAAUAAUACAGAUUAAUCAAUACCAAGAGGGCAAAAAAAGUAGAAAACAAUUUGAUAAAUAUCAUAUAUUAUAAACUAAAAUGAAGUUAUACACUAAAUUUGUAACA